CAGUCAGCUUGUUUUUGUCUAAGAACCUGUAAGCAUCAAUCAUCCGAGCUCUCCAUCCACACCCAGCUAAGAUGUUUAUGAGCAGGCAGCGAUUCCUGCCAUAGGCCUUACAUAAUAAAAUCAGAAAGACCGCCCACACGAGUUAAAGGCCGAAGAGGGAACAUGCACAGCUUCAGUUUUGUUUUGAACCUGAAGGAAGAAACAGCUUCCUUGCACUUGAAUGCAUCCUCUCGCUCUUUGUUCGACUGAACUCGACUGAAUACUUUAGGGGCUGCACUUGAGGAAACUUUUUCAAAGAGCAAAGAUGAUUUUUGACAAGCUGAAAAAGUUCGAUAUAGUCUUUGAUUCACCGGAGAUGGACUGUCCUCCGGUGUUUAGCAGUGGAGAUGUUGUCUCAGGGAAGGUUGUGCUUGAGCUCUCGGCGGAAAGCAAAGUCGAGUCGCUGAAGUUGCAUGCAGAAGGUUUCGCUAAAGUUCACUGGACCGAGUCUAGAAGCGCAGGGUCCAGCACGGCUUACACGCAGAACUACAGCGAUGAAGUGGAGUACCUGAACCGGAGAGAAGUUCUGCUGCAGGCAGAUAAUGGUGAACCGACAGUCCUGUCUGCUGGGAGACACGAAUACCCUUUCAGUUUCCAGCUACCAGAAGAAACUUUAGUGACGUCAUUUGAAGGCAAGCACGGCAGUAUUCGAUACUGGGUGAAGGUUAAGCUGCAUCGCCCAUGGGCGACCGUCAAGAAGAUCAAGAAGGAGUUCACGGUUAUCGAGCCUAUUGACAUCAACACACCGAGUUUACUGGCACCUCAAGCUGGAACCAAAGAGAAGAUGGCUCGCACCUGGUACCGCAGCUGCGGGCAGGUGUCGAUAACGGCAAAGAUUGAGCGCAAGGGGUACACGCCGGGUGAAGUGAUUCCGGUCUUUGCUGAGUUUGAUAACUCCACAUCACGCUCCGUGGUGCCCAAAGCUUACAUCACCCAGACGCAGACUUUCAUCGCGAGGGGCACCAUGAAGCAGAAGCGAGCCGUGGUGGCUACGUUGUGUGGGGAUAUAGUCGGCGCACGCCGUAGGGAGACGUGGCACGGCCGAGCCAUCAAAAUCCCUCCUGUCGGCCCGUCCAUCCUGCAGUGUCGCAUCAUUAAAGUGGAAUACAUGCUCAGGGUGUGUGUUGAUGUUCCUGGGACGUCCAAGCUUUCCCUGGAGCUUCCAUUGGUUAUGGGCACAAUUCCUUUGCAUCCGUUCGGCAGUCGCACGUCUAGCGUCAGCAGCCAGUACAGCGCAAACAUGGAGUGGCUUCGCAUGGCCAUCCCUGAGCAGCCUGAGCCUCCUCCAGAUUACAGCUCUGUUGUGUCAGAGGAGGAAGCGGUCCAGAACUCCACAGCAGUCCAACCUGAGGAAGAUCUCAGCGGCGUGCUGCAGCGCUCCUUCAUGGCCUACGUGCAGGAGUUCAGAUUGCGCCCACCUCCGGUGUACAGCGAGGUGGAUCCAAACCCUCAGCCCUUCAACAUGCGUCCUCGCUGCAUGACCUGUUGAACUCUCUGCCAGCUGAGCAUCACCUGAUGUUUGAAACAAAAGCCGAGAUUUGAUUCUCCCGGACGCCUCUCUGAGACUGAGAUUGGCACUUGUUCGAGCCGUUCGCAUCUGUGCUUCCUGCAGCGGGGCCGAGAGAGGAGGCGAUGUCUGGACUAGGCGAGGCAGAGCGCUUUCAUCAAACAAAGAGGACAUUCAUUACCGGGGCGAACAAAGGUUCUGCCCACGUUUGUGUCCCAAAGAGCGACUGGACUCUGAUCUGUGCCUAGAACGAUUGUACGUAGAAUCAGGGAAUUUUGGGCAUGAUCACUAGAGAAUUAUGGGUGAAAAGCCAUUCAGACAUGCUGCCCAUAGUGCCUUAUUUUGCUGUGAACGAGGGUGAGUCCCUCUUAACCAGCUGCAGUUUGCCACCUUAGAUGCUAGCAGGCAUGUGAUGCCGUCCUUUCCCGAAACCAUCAUCAUGUAUGUCUCAUUUGGUGUUGAUGUUAGCCAAAGAGAUCAUGUGAACAGGUUAUUCUAUGCAAAAGGGAAAACCUAGAGCUUUAAGGAAAUGAUGGAAGUAGAGAAUCUUUUCCCCCUCUUGGAGUGCACAAGUUUCAUCUGGCUCGACAGAGGUCGAGUCCGUGACCUGGAAGGUCUUGAUGUCUCAUUGAAUGCAUAACUUUUGAGAAAAGCCUUUGUUUUUCUUUAUUUGUCUUUGUCAGUGAUUUAAGGUAACAUAAUGUGAGGCUAGAACAGCCGGUUAGCUUUACUGAUAAUGGGGGAAAAUACAGAGCCAUGAUUUUUCAAGGUGCCUUUUUUUGUUGUUUUAGAAGAAACAAUGAAUGACUACAGGGAUUAUGUCACGUUAAGCUUUCCUAGUGUUACGACUCCCUGAAGUGUCCUUACAGACAUUCCAAAAAUACCACAGACUUGCUUCAUUUCCAGACUAUGAAAAAGUGUAACUUCAGGUAUAAACACAAUGACUGUUUAUGGCACUCAUUUUGAAUGAAUGUAUUUUAUAGAUUUUUGUUGUUGUUGUUGAAACUUCUGACAAGUAUAUUUUUGUUAAUCACUUUUGAAUAAAUAAGUAAAACAAUA